AUGAGAUCAACUGCCACUGUGCCUCUCUCACUGCCUCCUGGCGAGCCGGAGCAAUCCGCAGCAAACCCCCCAACCAACCCACGAGACGUCCUCCAGCAGUCUCCCGCCUCGACGACCUUGGAUGACAGCAGCCUCCCGGGCACCAAGCGCGAGGAGCGCGGGUCCAGCGCCAGCGCCGGCUCACCCGGGAGUGUGGCCUCGACGUCGGCAACCUCAGCCUCGGGAUAUGUUGCAGCUCAGCCGCACCAGACGCCCAUUGUCAUAGCGAGCCACGUCGGUCGCACCCGCCCGCUCUCGGUCGCAGCUCCGAGACACCGCGCACAUGCUGCUUCUUCCAAGCGGCCGUCGGCUGCGGCCAUGGCCACGGCCACAGCCACCGCUAUCUCGUCACCGGACGAGUCUGCGAAAGACUUUCUGGGCAGCCCGGCGUCGAGCCCGUCCGAUGCCGGCGGCGGCUCCGGCACGCGCCACCACCACCAUCCGGAUGUCUGGGAAUCCCACAAGCUCCUGAUCCGCGAGAUCUACAUCAAUGAGAACAAGCCCUUGAAGGAGCUCAUGGCCAUCAUGAGGGAGAAGGGCUUCAAGGCUACGCCGCGCAUGUUCAAGUCCAAGUUUGCACAAUGGGGAUUUGUGAAGAAUAACAAGAAGAAAGAUGUCGCCAUGAUGCUACGCAUGCAGCGGCAGCGAGACGCCGAGGGCAAGCGUACAGCCUUUAAUCGCCACGGUCGGGCCGUCGAUGUGGACAACUACCUCAAACGGAAAGGCAUAACACGGCGCGACCUGGAAGAGGCUGACGUCGAGGACGCAAUGCCCAUCUACCUCCGGGCGCUCACGCCGCCCCCUUCCGACCCGCACCGGAUCACUCUUCCGAAUCUGCUGUAUGCGCAGGAUGUGCUCGUGACAUGUUUCCGCGACCUCACGUCUCACAUGCGGGACACGGCCAUGUCGUCGCAGGCCUUCAUGUCCGACUUUGCGGCCUAUUUCGACGGGCCAGCGUGUGAAGCCACGCGGGACUUCAGUCGAGCAUGCUGGUUCUUCUCCAAAGGCUACAUGAAACACGGAGCUGCCCUCAGCCAGCGCUCGUUCUCGGCUGUGCACUUGCUCGUGACCAACCCCUCUGCCUUGGGCCUUUUUGAUCUGCUCAUUGCCGUUGUUCUGACACCAGACAUCAACCUCACGCGCGAGCUAUGGAAAUACCUCGCCGCCUAUUCCGAGGCCGUCUUGGGCUCCAACACCAUUACAAGGUUAUUCCGGGCACUCGAGGACGUCUUCACCACAAACCCGAUAGAGACGAGCGUCGACUUCGUAUUCAGCUGCAUCGACAACAUUAUCGGCAUGCUGCUGCAGACACGGCAGCUCGCAGACACGGUGGCGCCCACCGUGAGCGCCUUCCUCAUCGCGGACCUCGUCCUGUACAGGUCCGAAAGAAGAUGUCCCAACCUAGAAAAGGCAGUAUCUUCGACGGCGCGACUCCUGGGCGCAAACAUGGCUCUGGAAGUGCCCAUGAUUGUGCGCUUGCUGCCACCAGCCGGGCGGCUCUGGCUCAUGGGGCCUCAAGACGAAGAGUCCUUCCAGUUCUGCUACCACUCGGUGCAGCAGCCCCCAGAGGUCCUCGCCAGCUUCGGAGGCAUCGGCUGGCUUAUGUGGCAAGUCAUGGCCGACUUCCACAGGACACACUGCCCACCCGUGGCCUUGACGUCGACCCCGCGGCACGGCCUCGCCAUCUACGCGCUGGAAAACGCCAUCAACGCAGCCGAUGGCCUUAGGGGCUUCGGCGAGUUUCAGGUUUUUGCCAACCUGGAGACUCUGGAGAACUGGUAUAAAGAGGCUGGUGACUUGGAGCUGGCAAUGCUCACGAGCCGGAGACGGGCUCGGGGGCUGCAGGACUAUCUAGACUCGAUAGAGGCGUCCAAUCGCGAGGUGUUGCGGGUGGCACCGGCGUCGGCUUAA